GCGGCCUCGCCCGGCCCGGGUCUGCCGCCAGCCGCCGGCCCGGCUGCGGCGCCGCCUGCCCGCGGGAGGGCCCAUGGCGGCGGCCCGGCGGGCAGGGUCGCCCCGUCCCCAGGGGCCGCGGCUGCUCCGGGCCAGGCCUCAGGCCGCCCCGCGGGCGGGAAUGGAGCCGGUGGCCGGCGCCGGCGGUGGGCCGCGGAGCGGGGCCCCUCAGGCAGCGUGGCGGCCCCGGCGCGCCGGAGGCAGGAGGGAGGUGCAGCCCGGCCGCCGCGGCGCGGGGCCAGGCAGGCAGCCCGGGCCGGGGUCCGUGAGUUCUCUCCGGGGUGUAAAAACUUUAUCUCUACUUGUAAAAACUUGUUCGGGGUUAAAGCGUAAGAGGCUAUAUUGUGCUGUGCGUAGUCUGCUUCCUGGUGUUCGGCCAGGUACGUGCUGCACAGCCACUUCUCCCAGUUCGGGUUUAUUUUCUGACUUGAGGGAAAACGCUUGAAAUCUGGCAUGAUUCCACCGUGUUUAGUGGUCCGUUGUUUUUGCCUUCAGUCUGAAGUGGCUGAUAACUUAUAAAAGCUGAUCUGUAAAAGAUAAGUUUGUCUGUUCCGUUACCUAGUUUGUGAUGACAUCUACAAUUCAAAUAAUAAUUGGGAUGGGUAGUACCAAAUGCUCCACAAACAGCGGAGCUUUUUGGGAGCACAGAUAUCUCCAGUGAUUGGGCUUCAGUAUCAUCCUGUUAUGCAUAUGGGCUCUUGUAGCUGUCCCUGCUUCACAAUUAGAUAGGAUAAGGAAUGCCAAUUCUGCUGUUAGAGUUCGUGCCCAUAUGAAGAUGGGCUUACUUGCUUAAUUCCUUGUGUUCCAGGGAAGAGAAAAGAUAGAUCUUAACAGGAUGAUGGGGCUUCUCCCCUGAUUGGAAAAGCCAGACUGUAAGGUAUUGGAAUAGCACUGAGCUGUUGUACAGGGAGGAAAAAAAGGCUUUGUUGACAGGCACCUUCUUCUCUCACAUUCGUGGAAGUCGGUGUCAGGUGUUAUGGUCAGAUGCCUUCUUGGGUAACAGCUCUAUUCUUAGGACAUUUUAGCCAUGACUAAGAGAGAGGCAGAGGAGCUGAUAGAAAUAGAAAUUGAUGGAACUGAGAAACAGGAAUGCACUGAAGAAAGCAUCGUUGAGCAAACCUACACCACAGCAGAAUUUGUGAGUCAAGCUAUUGACAUCAAUGAACCAAUUGGAAAUCUUAAGAAGUUGCUGGAACCCAGACUGCAGUGUUCCUUGGAUGCACAUGAAAUUUGCCUGCAAGAUAUCCAGCUGGACCCAGAUCGAAGCCUUUUUGAUCAAGGAGUAAAAACAGAUGGGACGGUGCAACUCAGUGUGCAAGUAAUAUCUAGGCAAGGGAUAGAGCCCAAGUUAAACAUCCUUGAAAUUGUGAAGCCUGUGGAGACUGUGGAGGUAGUGAUUGAUCCAGAUGCUCAUCAUGCAGAGGCUGAAGCUCACCUUGUUGAGGAAGCUCAGGUGAUAACCUUGGAUGGAACAAAGCACAUAACAACAAUUUCAGAUGAAACCUCUGAACAAGUGACACGAUGGGCUGCAGCACUGGAAGGCUACCGAAAGGAGCAGGAGCGCCUUGGAAUACCCUAUGACCCAGUACAGUGGUCGACAGACCAGGUGCUCCACUGGGUGGUGUGGGUGAUGAAGGAGUUCAGCAUGACUGACAUUGACCUCAAUGCACUCAGCAUUCCUGGACGGGAACUCUGCAGCCUCAGUCAAGAAGACUUCUUCCAGCGUGUCCCACGGGGAGAAAUUCUCUGGAGCCAUUUAGAGCUUCUUCGAAAAUAUGUAUUGGCUAGCCAAGAACACUCUGGAGAAAUAGCAACUGUUACCAUUGAUCAGCCUGUGCAGAUUAUUCCAGCAUCUGUACAGCCUGCUACCCCAACCACCAUUAAAGUAAUAAACAGCAGCGCAAAGGCAGCUAAAGUACAGAGAGCUCCAAGGAUCGCUGGGGAAGAUAGAAGUUCCCCUGGGAACAGAACAGGAAACAAUGGCCAGAUCCAGUUGUGGCAGUUUUUAUUAGAACUUCUCACUGACAAAGAUGCUCGGGACUGUAUUUCUUGGGUUGGUGAUGAAGGAGAGUUUAAAUUGAAUCAACCUGAACUGGUUGCACAAAAAUGGGGACAGCGCAAAAACAAGCCCACGAUGAACUAUGAGAAGCUUAGUCGGGCUUUAAGGUAUUACUAUGAUGGAGACAUGAUCUGCAAAGUGCAAGGCAAGAGGUUUGUGUACAAAUUUGUCUGCGACUUGAAAACUCUCAUUGGAUACAGUGCAGCAGAGCUGAAUCGGUUGGUCACAGAAUGUGAGCAGAAGAAACUAGCCAAGAUGCAACUCCAUGGCAUUGCACAGCCAGUUACAGCAGUAGCACUAGCUACAGCAUCCCUGCAAACAGAGAAAGAUAAUUAAGCACUAGGACCUGAAAGUGGGAACCUGAGGCCUUUCCUCUAUAACCAGAGCAGUUGCUGCUCUUAACCUUUAUCACAAUUGGAAACUUCUUUUGUUUCUUGACAGUACAAUAUAAAGCAUGAUUUUCUAUAAAGAACUGGGACUUGCAUAAAUUUUGAUCUUUUAACAGCAUAUAUUUCAAUAUAAGUUAAGGGAUCACCACAAGUUCUGCAGCUUUGAGUCAGGGCCUUUAUGGUAUGCAAUCUGAAAUUGGUGAGAAAGGUGGAACUGGUCAGCACACUGUAUCCGCAGCUGUACAAAGUAAUUUUUGCAGCGCUUUUUAAUGAGGUACCUACAGCAAGCAGGCUGAUCAGUUGUCUGAACUCAGUCCUUCCCAGUCUUCUCUGCUGAACUGCCAAAUCGGCAUUUGAUGCUUUCAAAGUUGAACAUGUUCAUUAUUCUCAUUUAAUCAAGCAGAGCUGAGAGACACAUUAAACAUUACAAAGCAUCAGGGUUCUUAAAAUAGCUUCUGGGUUUAUAAGCAAAGGAAAUAAAGACUAGACUGAACUGAAGAUCAGCGCUGAAGAAGGAGAUCCAGGUUUAGAUCUGUCUUAGGUGAAAAGCCAAUUAUGAGUAUUUCAUUAUAAUAUGUAGAUAAUAUGCAUAUGAGGGCAAGUACUUAUCUGUUUUGAAAGACAUUGUUAAUGCUAGCCAUUUAGCAAAAAGCAAAGACAAACUUCUUCCCGCCCCCCCCCCCCCUUACCACCCCCCCAUAAGAUGAUUCGAAAACUUGAAAAAAUAUCCCUCACCCAAAGAGUAGUUUGUUUUGGUGGGAGUUUUUAAUGCUCCGUUCUGCACAAGGUGCUUAUACCUGCACAGUAGUCGACCUUAGUAACUGAAGACUUUAAAUUAAUCACAGUCAGUAGUCCCUGUUUAGAAACAAAAUGCAAGUUGAAAAUAGUUUUACAGUGGACUGAAGUUUGAUUUCCAAAUUAUUGUACAGUCUGACAUGUAUUAAAAUACAAAGAUGUAUUUUUUAUUUAAAACUAAUUUCCUUCUGAACGUCAAGUGAUGUUUUUGAAGCUUCGUAAGCCAAAUGUGUGCUCCAGAGCUGGGUGCAAUUUGAAGUGUGGAUGAUGAAUUGAAGUAGUUGGAAUGUAUCCUGAAUUCUGAGCUAUGGAGAGUACUUCAUGCAAACUUAUACGUGCAAGUAAAGUACAGGCUGCAACUUUUGAGCUUCUGUAAUGAUGCCUGUUAGAUUAAUUUUUUUUGAUGGCUGAAAAUGGUGUGAUUUUGGGUUUGCUUUUGCCCCUACAUGUUAUUAAACAAUAUAAACAUUGUCACCAUACAUAUUUUCUAACUUUGUAAGUGAAACCCCUUCUAGUAGCAUUUAAGAAUUAAAAUGCAAAUGUAUAAGGGAAACCCUUUAAUUCUUUGAGGGAUCAAGUUACUUUAAAUCUUAAAAGUGUUUGUACAGUGAGGUUCUAAAUGUAAGAUGCGUUUAUAUUGAGGAGCAAGAGCACUGGGCUGUUGCUCUUGAGCUGAAAAGGAACAGUCGUACUUGCAGGCAGAAGGCAAAGAACACAGAAGACAUGUAUACUUUAAAGAUGCAUUGAGGACAAAGCUUUUUGUUUAUAGGUGGAUGUUCAUGUGCAGAUAGCUUUUGCUUAACUAGAAAUCCUGCAUGUAGUUCUAGCCUAUUUUUUUUCAUCACCACAAUUAAAAGUUGUUUGGUUUUUUUUGCCAGAUUCUUGCAGUAACUCUUAAUAUUGUUUUCACUCUUGAGUUCUUAAAGCACACAGUCUACUGAGCAUGCUGGUUUUGUUUUAUUAAAAAAGUCUGAAGUCCUGAGCAAGAUAUGUAAAUGCUCUGUCAUGGGAGGUUAACCAUCAGUCCUUUUAUUACUGUUACAGUAGUCAGAUUCCACCAGUUGGCAAGUGUUUUGAGAUGACUUACGCAAAUAAGAUGCAGGUUUGUUUGCUAGGAAUAAGCUGGUAGUUUGGUGGCAGCAACUGUGUAUAUAACGCUGCUCCAUUGCUAAAUGGAAGUCUAAUACAAGUCAUUAGUUCUAUUUAGCAGAGUUCAUAAGAGGCCUUUUUAGUUCAAAUACAGUAUAAGAAGAGAAUUUUAAAAUACCAGCUCCCUAGAUCAAACCGGACUGUGGGAGGAUAAAGUAACAGCAAAAUGGGAACGUAAUAUCAAUACUUUAUUCGCCUAAAUAUCCUUGUUACGUGAUAAGCCCUCUAGGGGAAACUUCUGAUAUCACAGUUUCUUUGUAAAUACAUGCAACUAUUAUUUUGCAGCUUUUCAGUAGGUAUGAUAGUCCUUCAGGUUCUUUGUUGUGGGAUCUUCUGCUUUUCCACCACGUUCUAGUUAGUAAAGAAGGAAUCUUUCAGAUGGUGUAAAAUCACUGUCACAUUCUCUGUAGUUGAGGGAGAAAUCUGUGACUAAUUUGAUGUCUUCAGUAAAAUAAAAGAUGUAGAAUAUAUUGUCAAAGGUUGUCCUGUUGCUGCCAGAAGGAGAACAUAGAAAGAAUAUUCCCAAUUUUUUGUAAAAUGGAAGGUUUUUUGCAUACUUUUUACUCUUUAAAUAAAGACACUUAUACUCUGCUAAUUAAUUAUGUAUUUCUUUUGUGUUUUGCAUUUUUUUGGUAAUUUUACAUGAAACAAUUAUUUUCUAUUUUUACUCUGAUAAAAUAUUUGUGCAUAAAAUGUCAAUAUGGUAAAAUAAAAAUGUUAUACAGCUAAUUCCUGUUGACUUCUUAAUUUUUCAGAAAGCCAUUUGUAAUACCAUUCAGGUGCAACCAGUUAAAAGAUGAAUACAUGUGCUUUAUUCUCAUUACUGUUAAGAUCACAAGCUCGUUAGAGGAAGAAGGCAGGCUGAUCUUCUGAAGAUGGAUCUUCUUUGAUUCGGUACUUGGCUAUGUGCUUCUACUUUUAAACUGGAACUCAGAGUCCUCAUUACUGUAACAGCUUUCUUUAAGGUCUUAAUUGUAAAUCUCAAAACGGUGCUUUGAUAAAAAUAAUGUUGGGAACUGUAGCAGGACAAAAUGGAGCCUUGUAAAGGAGUUAGGUGUUUGCUUUUAGCCGUGUUUAAGUUGGAAGGGUUCAUGUUGAUCUGCAGACUUUGGACUGUGUCAUUCUUGCAAAUAGCCCUGCUUACCUCAUGUGGCCCGCUAACUCAAUUGUUAGUACUGUCCUUACGUAAAAAAGAUAAAAUUCUGAUUAUACUGUUACUACCUUAUUUUUAAAUGGUGUUUCAAUAAAAAUAUUCUCGUGGUACCUCUGAA